UUUCAGAGAUGAGAGAUCGACAGCAAAGUUGUUUACGUCUGUGUAUAUACAUACGCGCAAGCUUUCAGAUUUGGCAACCACGAAUUAUAUGCACUUUGAGUUUUACAAACGUUUUUCAAUAAUUUUAUUUACAUAAAUGAAAUUGUGAUAGAGCUACGGCUGAUCGCGCAUGUAAUAAUUGAUUAUUGCCCGAACCGAAUUUCCAGUUGCAAAAUUUUGUUCAGGAUAUGUUAAUGAUUAGCAAAAUUGCUUGUAAAGUUAUCGAUGCACAGUGGAUUUUUCACAGAAAAAUCAAACUUCAAGCCUAGUGAAAUGGGUUUUGUAUGUAUUCAAUAAGAAAAGGAUUGAAAGAAAGUAAAAAAGUAGUGCUUCGACAAAAUUAACACACAAUACAUCUUCUAAAAUAAAAUGUGCAGUUCAGUGUUUGUUCGAUAAUCUGCAUUCGGCAAGCGUAUUUUAACGAAGCAUUAUUUAUUACAUGUUUUAUUAAACAAAUUAAAAAAAAAAAAUCAAUUAUAUCCAAUAAAAACGCAGUAAUAGAUAUAAAAGUAAUUCUUUUAUCAUUUACUUAUUGGAAAGUGAGUUUUUGAAAUGAUAAUGAAUUUUAAGUUUGGUUCAAUGAUUGUCGUUGUUGGAGUCAUUGAAAAUUCUUCAAGGAAAUGAAAAGGAAAAAAAGGUUAUGUUAAAAUUGAGACAAUGAUUGCAUCCUCAACAUGUAUCCAAUAUGAAAUGGGCAAUUCAAAUCGAAGGUGUGUUCCAUGUACUUAGGCGUCAAAAUACGAACUUUUGAAGGAUAAAGCAAAAUAGCAUUAAAAGUUUAUUUUUCUAUUCUUUUGUUCCGUGGAGCACGAAUUUCUUGAAAAUGGCACAGUUUUGGAAAAAAUUUACCUACUGGCUGUCGGAGAAAUAUUCAUUUCUAAAAAUAUUAUUGAUCUAUCAAAUCCUGUUGUGUCCAAUGAUAUUACGCGUAAUCUGCAUACUGUUCUCAAGACGGCACGUCGAAAAGAGGCGAAAAAAGGCCAUCACCGUGGGCUUUUUUCAUCCGCAAUGCAACGCCUGCAGUCCCCAAGAGAACGUCCUCUGGUCGGCCGUCAAGGCCAUCCAAGUGGAGUACGACAACGUGCAGAUCGUCGUCUACAGCAGCGACAAGAGCUCGACGCCGGAAAUGAUUCUGCGCAACGUCGAGGCAAAGUUCAACAUCAAGAUCCACCCGAACAUCCGCUUCGUCCGUCUGCAGCAAGGGCCUUGGAUCAAGAGCUUUGCCUAUCUUGGCUCGAUGCUGGUGGGCUGCGAGGCUCUCUAUCGGCUCAAGCCGCACAUCAUGAUCGACACCGUUGGCUACGGCUUUCCCAAUCCGAUCUUCAAGUACGUCGGCGGCUGCAGAGUCAUCGAUUACAUUCACAAUCCGAUGGUGACGAUCGACAAGCUGAAAACUAGGCAUGUCGUGGUCUACGGAAAUCAGUACGUCCUUGCCAGGAGAUCGGCAAGUGCUCUGGGCCUGAGCAAAGGCAUAGCCUACCUGUAUGGUCGAACUGGCAGAGCGGCCGAUGUCGUCCUGGUGAACUCGGCCUAUACCGAAGAAAACAUCAACGCGAUCUGGAAGUGCCCUCAGAUUACGCAACUCAUCUAUCCGCCGAUCGGUUUGGAGCUGCUGAUGGCGCGAGCCGACGCCUACUCGGAUAUCAAGAAGGAGUUUCGCAUACUGAACGCGAGCGAGUUCGUGCCCGAAAACAAUCACGAGGUCAUCAUCCAGGCCUACGGCAAAAUGUUGAGCAAGGCCAAGGACCACGUGUUGGCGACGACGCGCCUCAUCCUCGUCAAUCUGCAAACGAGCAGCGACGAGCUCGAUCACGCCUAUCUGCAGAGCUUGAGAGACCUGGUGAAAAAUCUGGAUCUCGAGGACUACGUGAAGCUGCAUCCCCAGAGCAUUCACCCGAGCCACCUCGAGGAGGAGCUGAUCAAGGCCACUUACGGCAUUUACGCGAGGCCCAACGACGAGUUUGGCUCGGACUUGCUGGCUGGACUGGCCACCGGUCAGAUCAUCGUAGCCCACGAGUCCGGAGCCAGCAGGCGCGAGCUCAUCGUGACCAAGGGCGACGAGCGCAACGGCUUCUUGGCCAAAAGCGUCGAGGAGUACGCCUUCGCGCUGGUCCGGGCUCUCGGUACCUCGCCGAUGGAAAAACGCCGGAUGCAAAAGGCGGCCCGGAGAACCGCCGAUCAGUUCACGCGAGCCAAUUUCCAAAAGGAAUUUCUCAAAAUUUUCGACUAUUUCUUUGAGUCGAAGCGUCUGUGAAUGAUUGCCUUUCUGUGCAGUGCAAAUUCAAAGACAAUUGUAAAUUUACUUAAUUUUAGCUUUAUGAAAAUAUGUGCGAUCUCGUUACGUUUAAUUCUAAGAUGAUAAAUGUAUUGAAAAAUUAAGUUUAUAUUACAACUUGUUUUUAUUUAGUGUCUUCCACGAGAAAAAAAUCGAUC